AUGGGAUCUAGUCUCUGUUCUAGGCUAAGAAAAUGGAGAAAAAAUUUCUUGGCAAAAAAGACUGACGAUAAAGAGACUCUGAAUGUUAAUGGAGAUGUUGUCGAUAGAGAAGAAUCGUCGAAAGAAAAUCUCAGGGAGAUUUUAAAAGAGGAAGAUGUUGAAGAAAUAAGAGUCGCUUCGCAAACCAAGGAAGAUCUAAGAGAGCUGAUAGAAGAUCUAAAGCAGCAAUUGGCAAAGCAUCGGUGCAAUAAACCAGAGAAGGAAAAGUUAUUGCUUGAGUUAGGUCACGCUCACUACAAAUUGUGUAAGUUCCCUUCUGCCAAAGAUUACUACGAGCAGUAUUUUAGUCUGGUGAAACGGCAACGUUCGUUAAUUCAUUUACAGAGAGCUUACUGCAACCUGGGAUGUGUUUAUAGAAGGCUCGGUGAUUUCGAAAAGGCCACAGAGUAUUUCGAAAAAGGUCUAGCGAUUGCUGAAGAGUUACAAAACAAAAGUUGUCAAGCGAGGAUGUACAACAAUCUCGGAAACAUCUCCGAGAUGCAGCAAGACUUUGAAGGUGCCAUUUAUUAUCAGUCACAAAGGCGAAAGAUUGCCGAAAGUUUAAAAGACGGUAACAGCGUGUCGAAGGCCAACGCGAGUAUUGCUAACGCAUAUCACUGCUUGGGGAAUUUGAGGGCGAGCAUUGCUUAUUAUGAAAGAGUUGUGCUUUGGUUAAGGAGAAAACUAGGUAAGCGACGGUGUCUCUGUAAGCUGCAAAAAGUCUUAAGUGGAUCCAAUAUUUGGACAUUGAAAUAUUUUAACAAAGAAAAAAAAUAUAAAGCUGGUGAACUUUAAUACGGCUUAGUUUUUUAAAUUAUCAUCUUUUGAGAGAAGGUGUUAAAAAAAAGCCUCAGUCUGACAACUAGUGACCUCGGGUUCCCAUUAAGUCUACAAAACGUUUUGGGACUUAUAAUCCUAAUUUUCAUUGAAAAACAAAGAUUAAAUACGUUUUCUCCCCCCCCCCCCGCUCCUAUAACAGUGUUGUUGCUACAGUGUUGUUGCUACAGUGUUGUUGCUUAUAUAAUUGCUGUUGCUGUUUUGUACUGUGUUGCCAGUUUUGUUUUGGUGGGUAUAACCUUUUAAUUUGUUUCGGCAAAAUUUUAGGAAUUUUAGGCACAGGAGGACCAAGCUUGAUUAUGAUUUUUCGAUAAACAAGUUAUUCAUUGACGAGACUGUCAUUCAGCCAAAUACCUCUUCCUUCCCGUUACAUUUCUUAGAAGUUUGUUCAAAUGUGGCAGCAGAUGCACAAAUGCCCUACUCCACAAUGUAAAACCGUCGCAUAUGUUUCGCGUUCCGUUGCCUCGUUGCUUUAGUGGAAUAAUAAUGUUCAAUAUAUUUUACUUGGUUUCAGUUUAUCAGGAGCGACAAAGAAGUAGAUUGGAUCUUGUGUCACAGUUGCCAAUUGAAGACGAGCAGUGGGUGUAG